GAUAGUAAAACAUUACAUUUCGCAUAAUAUUGUUGCUAUCGCAUGCUUUUUUUUUCAAAUACAACUUUGAUUCCUCAAUUUUAUUCUCAUCAUAAGUGUUGAGUAAUUUUCAAUCUUGUCUAAGUUUCACAUUCCGGGCCACCGCCUCAGGUGUUCUCUCAUUAGCAGCCACGAAUGGAAGUCACAAUUCAUUCAUCGUUCUCCACUUAUCGAGGGCGUUGUUAUUAGUGCCCACCAGGUGCAUUCGCUUAGGUAACGUAGGGCAAUCUUAGCGAGAAUCAUUUAAUCGAGAUUUAGAGUUGAUAAAGACUACUUAUUCAAAUUAUGUGAUUUGAAGAGUUUGGCUGUCCAUUGUAACGCAUCAUAAUUCAUGUCACGAGCGUGAAUGAAAGUCCACGCAAGUCCACUUGAAAUCUGACCUACAUUCCGCCAAAAUUUCCGAUGCCAACAGAGGGAAUCCUAAAACUGGAAGCGAACAAAUUAUGACGGAGAAACGAAAGUUGGGCAAAAAGAAGCAAUUCCCUCCGAACGCGGAAGAUGAGAGUGAAAUGGUUGAAAAAUCUAAAGUGCCAAUCCAAAUCACGCAUCAGAUUGAAGAACUGAACUGCUUUUUCGAUCUGAGGACAAAACGCGGACAGCUGUUGUUCUUCACGGUCACCAUCUUGGCCGCCACCUUAACACAGUGUCUUCCAAAAGAUACCAUCUCCAGUAUUCUUCAGCUAAGAGAACCGAGUGACAAUGUGGGACUCGGAACACAUACCUGCAAACCGGAAGUGAAAAUCGUUGAAAAAGUGGCUCAAUCCGUGGGCGAAACUCGUCCAAAGUAUUGGAUUUAUGGACGAAAUCCCAACGGUGGACAUUUGAUCCACGUCCAGAAUGUUCUCCAGCGGUUGGGCGUUGAACCGGUGAGCAACGAUACAGAUGAUUGGGACCUGCUAUGGGCUCAUGACUAUCCGUUUCGGAAAGUGGAUUUACAUCAUUUGAAGCCACACCAGCUGGUGAACCAUUUUCCUGGGUCAGGUUUCAUCACAAAUAAGGUCGACUUAUCAACAACUGAAAUCAAGUAUAUCCCGAAGGCAUUUAAGCUUCCAAGCGAUGAAACGAAAUUUAGACAAUACGCCCAGGAGAACCCGGAUAAACGGUUCGUACAAAAAAAUAACCAACAUCGAUACAUCGAAAUAAAGCAGAUCGAAGAGAUCGAUUUUGGCAACAAUGACACAUUUAUCCAGGAAUACAUAGACGAUCCGCUUCUCGUGGAUGGCUACAAGUUCGAUAUCGGAGUUUACACAGUCAUCUCAUCGAUCGAUCCUCUUCGCAUCUACAUCUACAAGGGGGACAUUCUCUUCCGUUACUGCCCAGUGAAAUACCAUCCUUUUGAUGCAAAAAAUCUGGAUAAAUAUAUCGUUGGUGAUGACUACCUACCAACAUGGGAGCUUCCAGCACUGAAACCAUUCUAUGCGAAGCUAGGCUUCGGUAUGAAAGAUUCUUUCGAUGCAUAUCUCCGACAAACGGGGCGCGAUCCAUCCAUCAUUUGGGAGCAAGUGGAGGACGCCAUUCGUUUGGCUAUACUCAAAAAAGAACCGCUGUUGGCAGCGAUCCUUUCACGAUACGCGAGCAAGCGCAACUUCUUCGAAAUGAUGCGCUUCGAUUUGGUGGUGGAUAACAAAAUGCGCGUCUUCCUGAUGGAAGCAAAUAUGAGCCCAAAUCUCUCCUCGGCCCAUUUCAAACCGAAUCGCUUGCUGUACGAGCAGGUCAUCUACAAUUUUCUGCGGCUGGUGGGCGUGGGUUCGGAUCUAGUGAGGGAGUCUUUCGCCAAGCGAUCCACAGAAACCGAAGCUAUGGUUUCGUCGCUGAAAAAUAUCGUCGUCGAAGCGGAACGCUGCUCGGUUGCUGCAUGUACUGAAUCUUGCGCCCUGGAAGAAUGUUCUCUGUGCGCUGGUUGUCUGAGCGGAGCGGAUCUGAAAGUGUUGCACGCUGCUUUUAGAGAGCACAUCAAUCGGGGAGAUAUGAAACGAAUUUUUCCAGUGCCAAAAAAUGAUCGUCGACAGGUUGAGUCGAGCGAGUUGAACGCGAAGAAUCGAUGGAUGAGUCGGUGGUUUAACGAAAAAUGCAAAGCGGAUGUUUCAUAUUGCUAUUGAUGGAAUAGAUUUUUUUGGUUAGUUUCCAGUUUUGAGGAAAUAAUGUUCGUUGUUAUGUGUUUUAAAAUUCCAAUUUCAUUCCACUCUAUACAUUUAAAUAACGUCGACAAUAAAAUUUUACUUUUUUUAA